AAACACCAUGAAGAACACAAACAACAAUACAAAACUCAUCCUCCUCCACCCUUAUAUCCAGAAACAAGGAAGCUCCAAUCGCCUAUGGCUUCUAGCUUUCAUAUCAAUUCUUACCAUUGCUUUUCUUGUCACCCUCAUUUACACAAGAGAAUCCACCAUUAUUCCCUCAGCAACUUCAACUGUCAUAGCCUCAACCACCCCAGUUUCAGGGUUCGGAAGUUCACCAUUGCCAGCCACAGUAAUCAACACUCUCCUCCACUAUGCAUCAAAAUCCAAUGACACGUUCCACAUGCCACACUCAGACCUCAAACCCAUCUCUGAUGUGCUCCGAAAAUGCUCUUCACCUUGCAAUUUCCUCGUCUUUGGCCUCACACACGAGACCCUUCUCUGGAAAGCUCUGAACCACAAUGGCAGAACAGUUUUCAUUGAUGAAAACCGCUACUACGCUGCAUACAUAGAAGAAAAGCACCCUGAAGUCGAUGUCUAUGACGUUCAAUACACCACCAAACGUAGUGAGAUGAAAGAGCUCAUAGCUUCAGCAAAAGAACAGGUAGCAAAUGAGUGCAAGCCAGUGCAGAAUCUUCUAUUUUCAGAUUGCAAACUUGGACUCAAUGACCUUCCCAACCAUGUGUACGAGGUUGACUGGGAUGUUAUAUUGGUGGAUGGGCCACGUGGGGAUUGGCCGGAAGCCCCCGGAAGAAUGUCGGCGAUCUUCACCGCCGGCGUGCUGGCCAGAAGCAAGAAGGGUGGUAAUCCAAAGACUCAUGUGUUUUUGCAUGAUUUCUUUGGAGAAGUGCAAAAGGUUUGUGGGGAUGAGUUCUUGUGCAAAGAGAAUUUGUUGGAGGCUAGUGAGACUUUGGGGCAUUAUGUUUUGGAAAGGAUGGAUGAAAGUAGUGUCAAGUAUUGUAAGAAUCAAACAUCUUCUGGGUGGUCUGGGGUUUCUUCAUCAACUUAGUUACUAUCUCUCCCAUCCACAAAAGCAGCUAAGAAUCAUCUUAGUCACAAUUGGUUCUUCAUCCUUCUUUUCUGGGUAUUUAUGAUCCUUUUUACAUUGCUGCUACAUUUUGUUUACUUCUUGGCUGGGGUUUGUAAAAAAUAAUUCUUUUUUACUUUACCUUUUCAUUUUA